CUACUUUUCUCUCCCGGUCUCUCCCAUUACCCACCCCAUCCUGUCCCAAAGCCCAUCCCCGACCAUCCCUGAAGCAUCAGCACAGCACAAAUAUGAGCGAUUCAGCGAUCCACGCCCUUGCGGGCUCUGUGGGUGGAUCUGCCGCUAUGGCACUGACAUACCCUCUUGUCAAUCUGUCCACGAGGGCGGCCGUGCAGACCAAGAAGGAAGAGCUGGUCAGUCGGUUAUAUCUUCUGGUUCCCGACUGACCUUGAUACCUAUCUUGCUAGACCACCAGAGAGGCUGUUGCAAGGGUCAUCAAAUCCGAAGGUGUCCUCGGCUUGUACUCUGGUCUCACGAGCUCGCUCUUUGGGAUUGCUGUCACUAAUGGGGUGUACUACGCAUUCUGUCAGUGACAGUAUACUUUAGCACUGAGUAUGGCAAUCUAACGAUGUCCAAAGACGAGGAGAUGCGCUCGCUGAUGAUCCGCCGCCGAGGGAACACUUCGACUUCACCCACUAGCGCCCUGACUACUACUGAAGGGAUCCUCGCAGGUUUGAUCGCCGGCUCCAUCACCACCCUCACCACCAACCCUAUCUGGACGGUGCAGACGGCCCAAGCAACCCACGCAACCACCGCUCGGAACGCAUCCGGUGCUAUCAAAACCGACGUGGAGGGGAACGCAAAGAAGGUCAAGCCAAGUGCUAUCACGAUCGUGAAAGAGAUUCUGGAGAAGGACGGACUCAAGGGGUUCUGGAGAGGCAUAGGACCGGCUUUGAUUCUGGUCCUCAACCCCGUUAUCCAGUAUACGACAUUCGAAAGGCUUGUCUCUCUCCUUCUUGGAUUCAGACUCGCGAAACAAGGCGCCACCCCCACGGGCAAGACAGCGCUUGGCCGAAGUUCUCUGAGUGAUUGGGACCUGUUCUUCCUGGGUGCAUUGAGCAAGCUGGUCGCCACUAGUGGUACUUACCCUUAUAUUGUUGUCAAGUCAAGACUUCAAGCGGCGACCCACAAGUACAAGUCUUCCAUCAAAGCUGUUUUGCAUAUUCUUGAAGCAGAGGGCUUCAAUGGUCUCUAUGCCGGUUUGGGACUGAAAUUGCUCCAAUCUGUCCUCACCGCCGCUUUCAUGUUUGUCGCUCAACGCCGAAUCUACGAAUUUGUCAAGAAACUUAUCGUCCUCUCCGCGGAGAAAAAGAAACUCGUUUCAAAGGUGUGAUUAAAAAGACACCUUUCGUUGUUGUUGCACGUGUACUACAAGCUUGUAAUUCCAGUUCGAUGACAUCUGUGGCUUGCUGAAUCCCUGUAUGCACCUUCAAAUGCACCCG